AUGUCUCCUGCGAAGAUGCCGGAGCCUGUUCUUCGACGGAUGAACUCCAUCGCAGAGCUUAAUCUUUCGUCCAAGGAUCAGAACUUGACUUUGACCUUUCCCAUCCUUAAUGGUGGAAACAAAGUCUCUCAUGUUGCAGAUGAUCUUGAGCUCAUCUCCUUUCGAUCACAGACAAAAUAUACUUCUUUGAAGGAUUUGCUGCCCUCACCGCUCGCUGCUAGAAUCCAAUCUCCUGAUACCACCGCAUCUGCUCAAUCCGGUUAUGAGAUCUCCAUUAAGAACCAUCUGGUUAAGCAGGCUGCUCGAGCUUAUUUACAGCCAAAGUCUGUGUCGCCGAAUUCUUCUGGUCGACAUUUCUUUCUGCAGCUAUGGGUUAGAUUUUCCCGUGAAUACUUGUGGAGACCUGUCAAUGUUUGUUCUGAUUUCAUAAAUCAACACAUCGUAUCAAGGAUCACAGGGGCCUUCCAUCAGUUUUUUGGAUUGAUUUGGGUCGGGAAGAACCAGGGAAGAUAA